CCGAGCCCCCUUCACUCCUCUGCUUCCCUACUCCGCCUCUUAGAUCAUCGUGCUUACUGUCACCCACCAUCACUCAAAGACAAAAUUGGACCUGUAUUUUAGAAACAUGGCGACACUUAAAUUGCUUUCUAGAGCGGAUAAUGUGAUCUUAAGGGCGACGAUCAGAUCGAGCAUCUCGCGCCACUCUCUCGGCAAGACUUGUGGGUGCUACUUUUCCACUUCAAGUCAACGAUCUGCACAGUUUUGCUCUGACCCCUUAGAUGCUGUCAAAGAUAUUCCUAAUGGUGCUACUAUUCUUGUUGGAGGCUUUGGUUUGUGUGGCAUUCCAGAAAAUCUGAUCAACAGUUUAUUAAAGACAGGAGUGAAUUGUCUGACUGCAGUAAGCAAUAAUGCAGGAGUGGAUGACUUUGGCCUCGGCCUGCUUCUGAAGACCAAACAGAUCAAGCGUAUGAUCUCGUCGUAUGUGGGGGAAAAUGUGGAGUUUGAGAGGCAGUAUCUGGCCGGUGAGCUUGAGGUGGAGCUGACUCCACAGGGAACAUUAGCGGAGAGGAUCAGGGCAGGUGGAGCAGGUGUCCCAGCUUUUUUCACGGCCACAGGCUACGGCACGCUGAUCCAGGAGGGCGGUUCUCCUAUUAAAUACAAUAAAGACGGCACAAUCGCCAUCGCCAGUGAACCCAGAGAGGUGUGUGAAUUUAACGGCAGGUAUUUCAUCAUGGAGAAAGCCAUCACGGGUGACUUCGCCCUGAUCAAAGCUUGGAAAGCAGACAAAGCAGGAAAUGUUAUCUUCAGAAAAACAGCACGAAACUUCAACCAGCCUAUGUGCAAGGCAGCCAAGGUCACAAUAGUAGAGGUGGAGGAGAUUGUAGACGUGGGUACAUUCGCAGCGGAAGACAUCCACAUACCCAGCGUCUACGUCCACAGAAUUGUCAAGGGAGAUCAUUAUGAGAAGCGAAUCGAGAGGCGCACGGUAAGGAAAGGCCAGACAGAAAAGCCCAAACCCAAGAAAGAUUCUGAUAUCGUGAGGGAGAGGAUUAUUCGCAGGGCCGCGCUGGAGUUUGAAGAUGGAAUGUACGCAAACCUGGGCAUUGGAAUCCCCAUGCUGGCCAGUAAUUUCAUUAAACCAGAUAUUAAAGUCCACCUGCAGAGUGAAAAUGGCAUUCUGGGACUGGGCCCGUACCCGACUGAGGAAGAGGUUGAUGCCGAUCUCAUCAACGCUGGUAAAGAAACUGUCACAAUUCUUCCUGGAGCCUCGUAUUUCUCUAGCGACGAUUCCUUUGCCAUGAUCAGAGGGGGCCACAUCAAUCUGACCAUGUUAGGAGCCAUGCAGGUAUCCAAGCACGGAGAUCUAGCCAACUGGAUGAUUCCUGGUAAGAUGGUGAAGGGCAUGGGAGGGGCUAUGGAUCUAGUGGCCAGCGCUGGGACGAAAGUGGUUGUUACAAUGGAGCACUCUGCUAAGGGUGGCAAACAUAAGAUUCUGGACAAAUGCGACCUGCCUCUUACCGGAAAACAGUGUGUGGACCGUAUAAUUACAGAAAAGGCGGUGUUUGAUGUGGACAAGGAUAAAGGUCUAACCCUGAUUGAGGUUUGGGAGGGUCUGUCACCUGACGACAUUAGGAACUGCACAGGGACAAACUUUGAGGUCUCUCCGAACUUGAAACCGAUGCAGCAGAUUUAAUUAACGAAGAGUUUCGAGGAAAAACUUGCUUGGACUCUUGUUAAAUCCUCCACACAAAUUCUACAGAGGCUUGCACAAAAGAUUUGUGAGGAAAUGUGACUGAAAUACGCUCAAAACACUGACUAUUCAAUGAGGUCCUCAAGACACGUUAGUGUCUUAAUCUGUAAAAAUAACUUCCAUGAAUGUGUUAUUUAAAUGACUAAUAAAAGCCUUCGGGUUUCUUUAGCGUUGCAAUAGUUUGAAUGUGAAGGAAUUUCAGAUUUUUUUGAGAUAUUAUCAAUAGAUAUUGAAUGGAGAAUAUUGUCAACAAAACAGCUUUGUUUAAUCAGAUAGUGUGUACAUUUCACUUUUAAUUUAAUUCUAAUUUUAGUUUAAAUGCAAAUUGAUUGUUCCUGUUUGGUCAUGUUUCUAAAGCCUUAUUGUUAUGCUCACAUAUGCUUAUGUACAUAUGCUUUGUAGAAAACAAUAAACAUCUAUUUGUCACCCCAGUAAAA